GGGGGUGGUACCCUGCGGGUGUCUGCAUCCCCCCUACAGCAUCACCCUGUGGGUACCGGCAUUCCCCCCGUAGCAUCACCCUAUGGGUGUCUGCAUCCCCCCUGGCAGCAUCCCCCACCGAUAUUCUCCCUCCCAGUGCAGUGGGAUGGCAGGAACGGGACGAGCGGUACAUGGGACCCCCGUUGGACCGUGCCCCGUCCCGGACUCGUCCCGUCCCGCCUUCUCCCAUCAUCCCCGCCUUCCUCCCUCCCCCAGCUCCUCCUUUUCCCCACGCCGGAUUGCAGAAACGAAAGCGGAGCCUCCGGCCCAGCGCGCCGAAAUGCCCGGCAGCCCCGAAGCCCCUCGACCAUCCGAAUCCCAAGAAGAUGGCCCUGCUGCCCCCAAGGAGCCGGGGGUCGCACCCGGACCCUCGCAGUGCCCCGCUCCCUCUGGGCUAUCGGGGGAGGGCGACUUCCAGUUCGUGCUGUGCGAGGGCUGCCGGCAGGAAUCACCCAACCUGAAGCUGCUCACCUGCCUGCACACGCUGUGCCUGGACUGCCUGAGAGAGAACAAACCCGUAGGGCAGUGCCCCGUGUGCCAGGCGCCCAUCCCGCAGCCUGACGGCAUCCCCGACGUGGACAACGUGCUGUUCAGCAGCCUGCAGGCCCGUCUGCGCGUCUACCGGCGGAUCAGCAGCGGGGGGCUGAGCUGCUGCCGGUGCCGGCGGGAGGCGGCGGCCGUGUGGUGCUCGGAGUGCGAGGAGUUCCUGUGCCCGGGCUGCUUUGAGGACCACCAGUGGUUCUUUAAGAAGAGGAGCCACGAAGCCAGGAAGGUGGAAGAGCUGAGAGCCGAGUCGGCGCAUCGCUUCCUGGAGGGCACCAAGAAAUCGUGCAGCCUCUUCUGCUCCAGCCCCGGGCACACCGAGCAGGGCCACGUCACCAGCAUCUUCUGCAGGAAGUGCGAGAAGCCGCUGUGCUGCUCCUGCGCGCUGCUGGACGCCCAGCACUCCCCUUUCUACUGCGACAUCCGCGCCGAGAUCCAGCGGCGGCAGGACGAGCUGGCAGCCCUGGGGCAGGAGCUGGCGGGGCAGCGGGGCGGCUUCGAGGCGUCGCGUGCGGCGCUGCAGGACGAGGUGGCGCGGCUGGAGGCGGCGGGGCUCGAGGUGCAGGAGCUGGUGAGGCAGCGCGUGGAGCAGCUGGUGAGGCUGAUCCGGCACGAGGAGGAGGAGCUGCUGGCCACGGUGGAGAAGAGGCAGGAGAAGAGCCGCAGGGAGCUGGAGAGGGAGCUGCGGCACGUGGAGGCCGUGCUGCGGAGGAUGGAGGCGGGCGAGAGGCUGGUGGAGAAGAUGGGCCUCUAUGCCACGGAGCAGGAGGUGAUGGACAUGCAGCCCUUCGUCAAGGAUGCGCUGGAGGAGCUGCGGAGGCAGCGGCCGGCGGCGGAUGGGGAGCUGGGGCUGCACGAGGACUUUGCCGAGUGCCGUGCCAGGCUGCAGGCGCUGGCUGAGCGCAUCGAGGGGCUGCAAGGUGGCGCUCCCCGGCCGGUCCCCAUGGUGGAGGUGGCUCUGGAGAACAACCUGCAGGAGGAGCCCCCGCAGCACAGCAGCCAGGAUGUUAUGCCCACCUUCACCAUCAGCCUCGCCGAGAUGGGGGUGAGCACGGUGUCCCAAGCCACCACGCGGUCCAAGCGGUGCCAGCCUCACGUGGAGAGGAGCAGCCAGAUCUCACCCAAGCUGCUGAAGCUGGAGCAGGAUGGCGGUGAGCCCAGCUCGAGACAGUGGGAUGGCAGAGGGGGACCCAGCACCUCCACACAGAGACACAACGGCCGCAUUCCCCCCUCCAAGGCCAGCAGGAGCCACACUCGGGAUGCAGAGGAUGGCAGCAUCAUCAUCAGCUCGGAGGACAGCGAGGAGGACACGGUGAUGAGCGGGACAUCGGACUUCACUGCUUGAUGAGCUGCAACCCCAUCUCCCUCUGCUCUGGAAGGCAACAAACCCCCCCUAGGUUUGCCUGAAGGGCCCACGUGGCAGCAUCUCCAGGGGCAGAAGCACAGCUCUGGGCAUAGGGGACCGCUCAGGUUUGGAUUCUUCUCUGAAACAUUCACACAUUCAAGGAUGUAGGAGCCUGACACUGUCCCCAGUAUCACCUUCCAGCAGAGCUUCAGCAGGAGCAGGAUAUGGAGGUGGAUAUGGAGGCUUUUUAAACUUCUCUUCCUGUUUAAGCUUCAGGCUGUGCUCAGAUAACACAAAUCUCACUGCUGCAGGUAGAGCUGCUCAAACCAUCGCUGGUAGCACUUCCUUCCAUAAGACAUUGAUGCUCGAGCCUUUCCAUUGCCCCAUUCCAUUAGAGAUUAUCACAGGGCUCCCUGGGAAGAUUAUUCCCAGCUGGGAAAAAAAGAAA